UCUUUAUAGCCCUUCCCGGUCUUUCCCACUUCUCUUCUUUCUUCUCAUCAUUUUUUUUUCUUCUCUUAAUCUGUAAUUUUUUUUCCGAGAAUCACUGAGAAAAAAAUGCUGGCUGUGUUUGAGAAGACGGUGGCGAAUAGCCCCGAAGCUUUACAGAGUCCACACUCUUCAGAGUCUGCUUACGCUUUGAAAGAUGGAUCUCUUGCGACUCAUUUCUCUUCUGUGAACCCAAACUCCGUCACGCUUAACUUCGGAUCUUCUGGAUUCGUUGCUUACUCUCUUGAUAACACUGAUCCUCGUGUUCCUAGAUUAUUUACUGUGGUGGAUGACAUUUUCUGUCUCUUCCAAGGACACAUUGAGAAUCUUCCUUUUCUGAAGCAACAGUAUGGGCUGAACAAAAUCACAAACGAGGCCAUCAUUGUGAUUGAGGCUUACAGGACGUUGCGUGAUCGAGGCCCUUACCCUGUGGACAAAGUUGUCAGAGAUUUCCAUGGCAAGUUUGCGUUUAUCCUCUUUGAUGGUGCUAAGCAAACCGUCUUCUCUGCUGCUGACGCAGAUGGAAGUGUGCCAUUCUUUUGGGGUAAUGAUGCUGAAGGACAUCUAGUUCUUUCUGAUAACACCGAGAUGAUGAAGAAAGGUUGCGCUAAAUCUUUUGGUCCUUUCCCUAAAGGUUGCUUCUUUACAUCGUCUGGAGGAUUGAGGAGCUUCGAGCACCCAAAGAACGAGUUGAAGCCAGUGCCGAGAGUGGACAGUUCAGGAGACGUGUGUGGUGCAACCUUCAAAGUUGACGCUGAGACUAAGAGAGAGAGUACCAAGAUGCCUAGAGUCGAUAGCUCCCAAAAUUGGGCCGGUCAUAUCUAAACCGGAGUCAUACAUUAUCACAAAGCUCAACAUCUUCCCUCUCUCGUCUUGUCCCCUCUCUUUCCGUACAUGUUUUGAGUUACAUUGAGACAAUAUUUCACACCACAAUGUUUUCUCUCUAUUGCGUUCAUGUACAUGUUUGAGUUGAGGAUUUGAGAAGUAUGUCACAGUUUUGUGAAACUUUGGAACCAUAAGACGAGACUUUUGUUUCUC